AUGGCCCUGGCGAAUUCCCAUCUCGCGCGCGCCCGGGCUUUGCGGCGGUGCAGGUUCCCCUCGAAGCUGCCCUUGCUGACGAAGCUGCUGACCCACAAGGUGUCCAAGCUUGGCGAGGAGGAGCCGAAGGUUAUGCCCUCGCCCGAGCAGAUGUCGCCCGCCGUGGCCGAGCUGCCCUCCGAGGAGGUCGCAUACGUGCCCUCGGAGCCAGCCUACGACCCCUUUGCCGACAGGAGCCCCUACUCGCCCUCGAUGUUCGAGGACGUCAAGGAACCGUACGUCAAGGACGGG